AUGUCGUCGAACCUUUUGAACCAUGAUUUCGGCUCCGAGGAUGAGGAUGAUGAUUUCAACCCCGUGAUUGCAGAUGAAUCCGAUGCCGAAGAUCCCAAGCCGGCGAAGGUAGAUCGGACUAGCAGAGAUGUUGCGAAUGAUGAAGACGAAGACGACGCUCAAAAUGGCGAAGAUGACGAAGAAGGUGGUGAAGAUGCGAACGGAGAUGAUGACGAAGAGGAAGACGAAGCGGACGAGGAGGAAGAAGAGGCAGUGGGUCGUCCGCGCAAGCGCAGAAGGGGCGGUGUCAACAAUUUCUUCGAUGAAGAGGCUGGCGUCGACGAAGAGGAGGAUGAAGCUGAAGAGGACGAGGACGAGCUGGAGUUCGGCACAGAAAUGCAUCCUGACGAUCUCGAUGCGCUACCCGUCGGUGCCGAAACAGAUGACCGCCGCCACAGACAACUCGAUCGCCAACGUGAACUCGAUGCGACAAUGGACGCAGAGAAACAGGCGCAGAUGCUGAAGGAGCGUUAUGGCCGAAACCGGGCCGCUGCAUCGGAUACACUUGUGGUCCCCAAGCGGCUGCUUCUUCCUAGUGUAGAGGAUCCCAGUAUUUGGGGAGGUCGUUGCAAGCCUGGCAAAGAACGGGAAGUCGUUUACAGCAUCCAAAAGCGCAUUGAAGAGCGCCCCCCUGGUUCUCGUAAUCCGAUUCGCAUCAUUUCGGCCUUCGAGCGUGGAAACAUUAUGCAGGGUUGGUUCUACUGUGAGGCACGCAGACAAGCCGAUGUCGUCGAUGGCCUGGAAGCUAUCAACUUUUAUUACCCCUCUCAGAAAUUGACCUUGGUUCCCGUUAAGGAGAUGCCCGAUCUUCUCCGAGUCCAGAAGUCAGAGGAUCUCAACCCCGGUGGAUGGGUCCGAAUCAAGCGUGGCAAGUACCAAGGUGAUCUGGCUCAGAUUGAAGAGGUUGAGACCAAUGGUCUUAACGUGACUGUACGACUUGUUCCUCGACUCGAUUACGGUAUGAAUGAUGACGCAGCUGCGAUCGUUGAUCCCAAGCGUAAGCGUGGCGCCGCAAGUGCCCCCCGCCCUCCACAACGCUUGUUCAGCGAGUCAGAGGCUAAGAAGAAGCACGCAAAAUACCUCUCGAAUACCGCGGGUUUGGGUAGUAAGUCAUGGAAUUACCUCAAUGAUAACUACAUUGAUGGUUUCCUUAUCAAGGACUUGCGAGUCCAGCACUUGAUCUCCAAGAAUGUGAACCCGCGACUGGAAGAGGUCACCAUGUUUGCCCGUGGAGGAGAGGACGGCGCUGCGAACUUGGAUCUCGCGUCGUUAGCCGAGACACUAAAAAAUUCAACUGCGGAAGAGGCAUACCAACCAGGUGAUCCUGUGGAGGUGUACCGAGGUGAACAACAGGGCUUGAUCGGCCGUACAGUUUCAAUCCGUGGUGAAAUUGUCUCAUUACAAGUCACCGAGGGAGAUUUGGCUGGUCAGACAAUCGAUGCCCCCGUACGAACCCUUCGCAAACGUUUCAGAGAGGGUGAUCAUGUUAAGGUCAUCGGAGGUAGCCGUUAUCAGAACGAACUCGGCAUGGUUGUCCAAGUUAAAGAUGACACCGUUACCUUGCUCAGUGAUAUGAGUAUGCAAGAGAUUACUGUCUUCAGUAAGGACCUUCGUCUUUCCGCUGAGAUGGCAGCCGACGGUCAACUUGGUAUCUACGAUGUCCAUGACCUUGUUCAGCUUGAUGCUGCCACCGUGGCUUGUGUUAUCAAGGUUGAUCGCGAGUCUCUGCGCGUUGUGGAUCAGAAUGGCUCUGUUCGCAAUAUCCUUCCUACUCAGAUUGCCAAUAAGCUGGUUCCUCGUCGCGAUGCUGUUGCCACAGACCGCAAUGGUGCAGAAAUUCGAAACGGUGAUACUGUUCGUGAAGUUUAUGGAGAGCAGAGAAAUGGUGCUAUCCGACAUAUCUACCGGUCUUUCCUCUUUUUGCACAACAAGGCUCAAGCUGAGAAUGCAGGCAUUUCUGUGGUGCGAACAACAAACGUCGUCACUGUUUCUGCUCGAGGUGGCCGCCCUACAGGACCAGAUCUGACCAAGAUGAACCCUGCCAUGGCUCAGCAAAUGCCAGGCGCCGGCCGCGGCGGUGCGAUGGCUCCCCCACAGCGUGGUCGUGACAGGCUAAUUGGUAAGACUGUGACAGUUCGCAAGGGCCGCUACAAGGGUCUAGUCGGUAUCGUCCGAGACUCCGAUGACAGCACUGCUCAAGUUGAGCUUUACACAUCAAACAAACCUGUUCUCAUUCAAAGAGAUAUUUUAACCCCGAAAGAUCCCAUUUCCAAACAGCCUUUGGACGUGGGCCGUGGAAGAGGCUCGCGUGUUCCUCAUGGAGGUGCUUCCCAAGGCCGAGAUGGGUGGCAAGGUGGCCGCACUCCUAUGGCUUCUGGCGAUUCUUCCAGGACUCCAGCCUGGGGCGGAGCAGCGUCCUCACGGACCCCAGCUUGGUCUGGUGCCGGUGGUGCCGGUGGUUCCCGUACUCCUGCCUGGAAGGGCGACGGAAAUCGGACUGCCUAUGGAGAUGGAAAUCGCACCGCCUAUGGCGAUGGAAGCCGCACUGCUUACGGUGGCUUGGGUAACAGAACCCCAGCAUGGAACUCUGGAUCUCGCACUCCAUACGGUGACUCCGGCUCUGGUGCUGGCUCCGGUUCGGGCUAUGAUGCCUUCGCUUCUGGAUCUCGUACCCCAGCAUGGGGAAGCGCAGGCGCUGGAAACCGAACUCCGGCCUGGGGUUCAGGUGGCAUGUCCAACAACCGAGACCAACGUGAUUAUGACGAUGCCCCUACACCUGGCGGUUACUCUGCGCCAACACCGGGCGCCUAUGCUGCUCCCACCCCCGGUGCAUCUGCACCAACUCCAGGCGCAUGGGCCGACAAUGCUCCCACACCGGGUGGAGCUUUCAGCGCGCCUACUCCCGGUGAUAUCCCCAAGCGUGGCUACGAAGCUCCCACUCCUGCUGCGUACGAUGCACCGACACCGGCUAUGGGAGGUGCUGCUGCUACACCGGGUGCAGGCUAUGGCGACGACGAUGCUGGGCCACGUUAUGAUGAUGGCACACCCAGCCCGUAA